GUGCGAGCUGCAGAUUGGAAUUAGGCUCAUUUGAAGGUCGCAGCAGACAGAAGAGCAGAGCAACCGCGUGUUCCUGAAGGAGUUCUGACGUUCAGAGCCGUGUCGAAGAUUCCUGUGAAGAAAACCAAUGGACCAGGCCAGGUCAGCUAUAUCCAAAAUUUUUAAUGGGGAGCCACACUUGUAUACACGUUUCAGCUUGACCCAGAACAUGGAGGGUGACAACAGCCAGGUGGAAAUGAAACUGUCAUCUGAUGUGGAGGAGGAGGUUGAAGGGAACGGAGUCGGUGAAAACCUCAAUCAUCACUCUGGAUGUCAGUCCUAUAUGUCACAAAAGUUUUCGCACUCACCCAAGACGAUCUGCUUCAGUGCAGUUGGCAUCUGUGCCAUCUUUAUUCUCGGCUAUUUCAUUGGCUACCUGGUUCAGCAGAAAGGUGUAGUAUCUCCAAGCUGUGCAGCCUCCACUCUGCCGUUUGAUGAGUUUCUACAUCAGCCUUCAAUUGAAACAGGUGCUGCCCCUUUAAUGGAAUGGGCUGAUGUAAAAAAACUACUUGCCCAAAAGCUCAGUGCACAGAGCUUUGAUGCCACCUUCAGUGAGUUUUCUAGUAACAACCAUCGUGCUGGUUCUUCAGGUGAUGAAGAUCUUGCAGAGAAGGUGAUAAAUAGGUUUAAAAAGUACGGCAUGAAGACCUGGACCGAAGAGCAUUUCAUUAAGGUUCAGGACCCUCCGCUGUCUGCCUAUAAUAAAAUUAUUUUCAAGGGGAAGGAGGACCGUCCAGUUGGAUUCCUAUCUUACAGUGCUAAUGGAACAGCAGAGGGUGCUGUCUUAUAUGCCCAUUAUGGACGAGAAAUUGACUUCAGGGAACUGUAUGACAGAAGGCAUAACCUCAAUGGGAGGGUCAUGUUAGUCCGUGCAGGAAUGAUCAGCUUUGCCGAAAAGGUAGCGAAUGCUGCUAAAGUGAACGCUUCCGCUGUGCUGAUCUACUCUGAUCCUGUCGAUUUGAACAUUGGAGGCUCAACUGAGCUGUAUGGACAUGUCCACUUGGGUUCAGGUGAUCCCUACACCCCGGGGUUUCCCAGCUUUAACCACACACAGUUUCCUCCGGUCAAGUCUUCAGGCCUGCCCUCAAUCGUGGCCCAGACCAUCACAGCAGAUAUGGCUUACAACAUUCUCAGGCAGCUGGGAGGUCAGCUUCCACCAUUACGUUGGGGAAUCAGCAUGAGGCUGGGAGACGAGAGCGAUGUGAUUACUGUGACUGUCAACAACGUUGUGACUGAGAAAAGGAUCAUUAAUGUGUUUGGGGUCAUCAAAGGCUUUGUGGAUGCAGAUCGAUAUAUGGUGCUGGGAGCCCAGAGAGAUGCAUGGGGUCCAGGAUUUGCUUCAUCCACAGUUGGCACCAGCAUGCUUGUAGAGCUGGCACGAUCCAUCUCAGACAUGGUGAAGAACGAUGGUUUCAAACCGAGGCGGAGUAUUGUAUUUGCAAGUUGGAGUGCAGGAGAAUAUGGAAGUGUUGGUGCCACUGAGUGGUUGGAAGGUUAUCUGUCUUCUCUAAGCAUGAAAGUCUUCUCAUACAUCAACCUGGACGGUGUUGUUGGAGGUCAGAGCAGAUUUAAAGUGGCAGCCAGUCCUUUGAUGUUCGGCCUGGUUGAAAGCACACUGAAGGAGGUAAACACCCCAAACAGUGCUGUUCUGACUCUGUAUUCUCAGUUUGGAAAGUCUGCAAACUGGGAAAAGACCAUAUUGGAGUCUUUCAGGUUGGAGAGUGCUGCUUAUCCCUUCCUUGCUUUUUCUGGCAUUCCUUCAGUCUCAUUUAGAUUCACUACAUCUAUGUCGGAAGAGGUGUCUGAUGAUUACCCAUUCUAUGGCACAAUGUUAGACACGCGUGAGAAGCUGAAUUCAUUCACUUCCAACCAGGCCCCCGCGCUGGCGGUGACUGCAGCUCGGUUUGCAGGUCACAUGACACUGCGGCUGGUUCAUGACCACUUGCUGCGGAUGGGUCUGCAGAAGUAUGCCACCGUUAUUAGUUCACAUGUGUUAGACAUCAGCAGGAAAUUCCGUGUUGUUCAGAAGUUGCAGCCUCAGCUGUUGCCCAGGGACCUUACAGUGCAGUGGUUGAUGUCGGCUUCUGGCUCCUUUAACCGCGCUUCUCGCGGCCUGGCAGAAGACAUCGAGGACAGCGAUCUGGAAGACAUCGAGUUGUGUCGGGUUAUCAAUGAUCGCAUCAUGGCGGUGGAAAGGAACUUCCUGUCCCCGUAUGUGUCCCCCACACAGAAUCCUUUCCGUCAUAUCCUUCUGGGCUCUGGCCCUCACACUUUAAAAGCGCUGACCAGCCACCUCGAAGACCUCAAGACUGACGACCCCAGCACUGACACUGACCUGUUCCGCAACCAGUUCGCUAUGGCAACCUGGACCAUUCAGGGUUGUGCAAACUCAGUAGCUGGGGACAUCUGGUCUUUGGAUAAUGAAAUCUGAAAAGUAUCUCACCUCUUUCCUCCCUUGUUUAUAGAUUGGCCACCGUCCACAACAGGCAUUACAAAAACAUUCAGGAAAAUCUUAAAUUUGCUUAACUUGACUCAGGAAAUGGUGUAUCUGGGUUUUUUUUUUUUUUUUUGGUAUAAAUAAUAUUAUUAGCAAUAACUUAGAUCAUUUUCGACACUUUCACUACUUAACCUCCCCAGAACUGUUCCAAAAGCUAAACAUUAUUGCUAAAAUUUAACUCACCCUCAUAAGUAGUCAGAUGUAGCUAUGUAAUCCUUAUGGUCACAUUUUUGGCACUUUUGUCAGAAUAACGUUUUGGCAAAAAAUGUCCAUGUGACAUUGACUAUAUUGAUGCUGUUGAUGACUGAUUUGUACUAUUUACUGAAGGUUCAAGUGGAAUCAGGUUAAACCUUCAAGAUUUUCAAAGUAGAUCUUGUUAUUGUAAUUACAGUAAUAUCCACAUGAACAAAAAAAUCACCAUGGGGCAUUCACUUUUUGGUGCUAGUGAUGACUGCUAAUUCCUGAAAGUUCAAAUGAACUCAUUUUCACCAUUUAAAAAAAUGUUUUGUUUCAUUUUUUAUUAUUAUUGUAAUUGCAAUAAUAUCCUAAAGAACAAAAAUCAUGGGACAUUAAAUAUAUUGGUGCUAAUAAUGACUACUUUAUAGUGUCUAAGCUUUUCAGUUUGGGUUUUCAAGUGAAAAAUGAGGUAACUAUGGUCUUUGGUGCUAUCAGAAAUAUUCCAGUGGACUUACUUUGAUUGAGGAGCCCCCAUGUGUAAUGUAUACAGACUUAUCUCACAGCCAUUUUACAAUUGAGUGUUUUGAUAGAUAAUGCAAACACAAACCAAUAUUCUACAUGGAACGUAAAUACAGAGAAGGCUUUACGUUAAUCAGAAUCAUUCAAUAAUUGGUAACCCUGGUGAGUUAGAAGUGUCCUAGUGUGGGAAAAGUACACAGCAGUGACAGCUGUUUGUCAGCUUGGGUACCCUAAUAAUUAGAAUUCUGAGGCCCUGUACUGCCACUACUGCUGUUGACUCAUUACUUCAGGCCUGAGCUGGCUGUGCAAGUGAGUCCGAGUGCUUGAGACACACCGGAUGAAUUGUGUUUGCGUGACAGCUGGGUGGCAUGUUUAUUUUAAUUUUGGUCGCCAUAUUAACAGAUUACACCUUGUCCAUCACUUGCAUGGGGGUAACACCCCAGAUGUCUCUUGGGUUGCGGCUACUCCACUGCUCUGGAGAAUAGAGGCAGCACAUAUUUGUCACACGUGAUGCAAGUGACACAGACCGAUAGGCCGCUAACCCUAUGUCGUGGCGCAGCGUCCAUUGUAAUCAUCGGCAUCGUCGGUUUAUCGUUUAUCGUCGAUUUUUUUAUUGUGACGUCUCAAAAACGGUCGUAACUUUUUUUCUAAUUUGGCAAGGGUGUAAUAUGGAUCAUUGACAUUGUUCCCAUCUAAAAAUAAUAUUCGUAGAUUCAUCCCUGCUAAAAGAACACAACUUAAACCUGUUAGCAGCAGUGGGUUAAGUAGAUAAAUUGCAGUAUUAUAUAUUUAAAAAAAUGAAAUUGCACACAUGCAUACAUAUAGUACAGUAGGAUAU